AUGGUCGUCAAAUCACCUCAUCCAGACAUAGGCAUCCCAGAGACCAAUAUCCUGAGUUUCCUCUUCGGCGACGGUCUCAACCUUCCGAAGAAAGAGCUAUGGAUAGAUGGCCACGAUGACAGAAAAUACCUCAGCCAUAAUUCAGCGCUUUCAUGGAUCAAGAGACUAGCAUUGGGUCUGGAUAGAAGAGAUGUACGAUCCGGGGAUGUAGUGAUGGUCGUGUCGCCGAAUCAUAUCUUCGUACCUGUUGCAUACCUAGGCACAGUUUGCGGAGGCAGAAUAUUCAGUGGUGCUAAUCCUGCUUUCACUGAUGAUGAGGUCUGCUAUCAAAUGCGUGACACCUCGACUCGCCUAGUCCUCGUCCACCCAGCACUCUUGAGUACCGCGCGAAAGGCCGCCGUCAAGGCCAAUAUACCAGACUCGGCUCUCUUUCUCUUCUCGGACUCAGAGCGAGCUUCCAUCGAUGGUAUCCACGACUGGCGCUCACUCCUUGCGCCUGAAAAGGAAGCCUCACUCUAUACAUGGCCUAUCUACGAUGGUCCCGCCUCAAAAUCUACAAUAGCAGCUAUCAAUUACUCUUCCGGCACCACAGGGCUUCCUAAGGGCGUCAUGAUCACACAUUACAAUCUCAUUGCCAACGUAUCGCAAGGUGUCUACCUCCGUGAAGAUGAGAACGGAGUAGAGCGGUGGAUCGGUGUACUGCCGCUCUAUCAUGCAUACGGGCAGAUGGUACUCAUCAUGUCAGCAAUUAAAUGGAAGGCUCAGGUCUACAUGCAACAAAAAUUCGAUUUUGAAGACUACCUCGGUCUAGUACAAGAGAAGCGGAUAACGCGUCUCCACCUCGCUCCUCCGCUUGUUGUGCUUCUUGAGAAACACCCCUCCGUCUCUAAGUACGACCUCAGUAGCGUCGAGCGCCUUGGUUGUGGAGCCGCUCCACUCUCAGAGUCGACGGAGACUGUCGUUUCUAAGAAAUUUGGCACACCCAUUGGGCAAGGGUGGGGAAUGACGGAGGUGACCUGUACCGGCACUACAUGCCCAGCCGGCUUUGACGACUAUAAAGGUAGUGUCGGUCAAUUGGUGCCGAGGAGCGAAGCAAAACUACUUGAUGAGAGUGGCAAAGAAGUGCAGCCGGGGGAAAAGGGCGAGCUCUUUUAUCGAGGUCCAAACGUAAGUCCAGGCUACUGGAAGAAUGAGAAAGCGACAGGAGAGACGAUGCUAGAGGGCGGAUGGCUCAAGACUGGCGAUGUCGCAAUAGUAGAUGAGAAAGGCUGGUUCUGGAUCGUGGAUCGUCUGAAGGCAUGUGUAGCAUAUGGCUUUCAGGUGGCACCUGCAGAGCUCGAAGCCAUAUUACUCACGCAUCCGUCAAUCGCAGAUGCUGCAGUGGUGGGCUUGAGUGCUGACUUCUCCGGUCAGGAGAAAGUGCGCGCUUAUGUCACAAUCAAGCCUCAAGCGAAAGGCCAAAUCAGGGAGGGAGAUAUCGUCAGUUGGACUGACAGCAAGGUGGCAGCAUACAAACGUCUCACUGGAGGCGUGGUCUUUGUGGUCGAGGUGCCCAAGAGUGCGUCCGGCAAGAUCUUGAGGAAGGUGCUGCGGGAAUGGGCGAAGAGGGAUGCAAGCGCUGAGGGUACGAAGGCAAGACUAUGA